AACGCGCUGCACAACAUCGUGGGGCCGGCCUGCGUCUUCCUACGACAGAGUUUCGCACAGAGCCAGCUUUUAUGAAUCCUCUAGAAUCAUCAUCAUCCUCCUUUUCAUCAUCGUCAUCCCCUGAAGAGACACUGUAUCUCCCUCAUGCUUACGAUGACAUCAUCUUCAUCCUCCCAUUCUGAGCCACCUGAUUGGAGGAGCCCUCAACAUUAUCUCCACCCAUGAGCAUCCCACCAUUGAUAGAAAUCUACGUCCGGAGGAAAUGGAAGAGCUGCGGGAGGCCUUCCGGGAGUUUGACAAGGACCGUGACGGCUUCAUCAGCUGUAAGGACCUGGGGGAGUGCAUGAGGACCAUGGGAUACAUGCCCACUGAGAUGGAGCUCAUCGAACUGAGCCAGAAGAUCUGUGGCGGCAGAGUGGACUUUGAAGACUUUGUGGAGUUGAUGGGUCCCAAGAUGUUGGCAGAGACUGCAGACAUGAUCGGAGUCAAGGAGCUCAGAGAUGCUUUCAGAGAGUUCGACUCUAACGGAGACGGGCAGAUUAGCCUGGUGGAGCUGCGCGAGGCCAUGAAGAAGCUGAUGGGAGAGCAGCUGAACCACCGCGAGAUCGACGAGAUCCUGCGAGACGUGGACCUGAACGGGGACGGACUGGUCGACUUUGAGGAGUUUGUGAGGAUGAUGUCUCGCUGAAACAGCCACCCUGACCAACCAAUCAGGAAGAGGACUGAUGCUGCACUGUGAUGACCAGACCUCACACUGUUCUUAUGCUGUUGUCAUUCUUAAUCUGAUGUACAGACUCUUAUGUUGUUUUGUAGCUAUUAGUUCUGUAUUGAUCAUCUUUCUGUUGGUUUAAUUCUCUGUAUAGAACCCCUCCCUCCUGUGUGUUGUGUUCCGCUGUGGAAGAGAACUGCCAAUGUGACGCAGCUGCAAUGAUGAUUCAGCAAGUAACUCGUCUUAAAUUCUUAUUUAACGUUUGUUUAAAUAAAUCUGUUGAAUUAAUUUAACACUAAGCUUUCCACUGUUUUGAUUGCCAUUUCAGCUCCUUCAUAUGAAGUAUCUCUAUGUCAUUAAAUCCUGAAUUAAAACAUACGUGGUACUCCUUAGUUCUCUACU